AGCAGCUGAACAAGAGAAUGCGCAGGAAACCUCGAAAUGCUGAGGAUAUCAGAGUAAUCAGGGAAACGGAGCAUGAAAUAGAUCAGGGCUUGUCUGUGAAACCCACAGCACCACUGACCACAUCCAAUGGUGAAGCUCCUCCACAUACAGCCAGUGAGACCACCAUCCAGUCCACCGGUGGCAGUGGAGAACAGGUAGCACUCUCAGCAUCUGAGCAUAAUUCAACACUGGAUGCAGACACUGUGGAUCAUUCAGCAUUGAACAACAGUAAUCAGUCACCGCAGUCCACGUCUGACACCCGUUCAGUGACUCCACCAACUACACCAGCUGUAGCAGUGCGAGAGCUGGUCGUGUCUGCUGGCAAAAAUGUGGAGGUCACUUUACCGCGCAAUGAGGUGGAGCUGAAUGCUUUCGUAGUGCCAGCGCCCCCUUCAGGGGCUAACUAUGCCUUUAAUUGGCGUUUGAGGACACAUCCAAAAGACUACAGUGGAGAAAUGGAGGGUAAACACAGCAAGACACUUAAGCUCAGUAAGCUGACAGUGGGCCUCUAUGAGUUUGAAGUGGUAGUGGAUGGUGACGGUGCUCAUGGGGAGGGAUGCGUCAACGUUACUGUCAAUCCAGAGCCGCGAAUUAAUAAGCCACCUGUUGCAGUGGUUUCUCCAAAGUACCAGGAAAUCUCCCUGCCUACAAGCUCCACUGUGAUUGAUGGCAAUCAGAGUACUGAUGAUGAUAAAGUGGUGUCGUGGCAUUGGGAGGAGGUGAAGGGGCCGCUCAGAGAGGAAAAAGCCUCGGGUGAUACUGCUAUUCUCACUCUCACCAACCUGGUUCCCGGUAACUACACCUUCAGUCUUACAGUGACUGACUCGGAUGGAGCUCAGAAUUCAACCCAAGCCAUGUUGUUAGUCAACAAGGCCACGGACUACAGGCCCACAGCUAAUGCCGGACCCAACCAAGUGAUCACCCUACCACGCAACUAUAUCACACUGUAUGGCAACCAAAGCACUGAUGACCACGAGAAUCUGUCCUACGAAUGGUCACUCAGCCCUGAAAGCAAGGGCAAGGUGGUGGAGAUGCAGGGUGUGCGAACACCCAUUCUGCAGCUGUCUGCCAUGCAGGAGGGUGACUACACCUUUCAGCUAACCGUCACUGACUCAUCUGGCCAGCAAGACACGGCUCAGGUCACUGUCAUUGUCCAGCCAGAAAAUAACAAGCCACCUGUAGCGGAUGCUGGUCCAGACAAGGAGCUGACGCUGCCUGUCGAUCGUACCACGCUGGACGGCAGCAAGAGCAGCGAUGACCAAAAAAUUGCCACGUACCACUGGACAAAGACCAAGUCAGUUACACACGUACACUCUCCCUGCAUGUAAUGCUCUUGUGUAUGUUUCUUGUUGUAGGGGCCAAGUAGCGAAGGUGCAAUGGCGCUGAUUGUAUCCAUUGGCGUUCCUAUUAUUGUUCUUUUUCUUCCGCUCUUGAGUAUAUGGCAGCCCAUGCUGGCAAAAAGUUAUCAAAAGCUUUUUGAUGACCCAUCCAUUCUCAAAAACCGCAUAAACAAUUUCAAUCGAAAAGCUCACCAAAUCAGAAUUGAGGCUAUAUCUCUC